GAACUCGAGUUGGAAGAGGCGAGUCCGGUCUCAAAAUGGAGGUAAAACCGCCGCCCGGUCGCCCCCAGCCCGACUCCGGCCGUCGCCGCCGCCGCCGGGGGGAGGAGGGCCAUGAUCCAAAGGAACCCGAGCAGUUGAGAAAACUGUUUAUUGGUGGUUUGAGCUUUGAAACUACGGAUGAUAGUUUAAGAGAACAUUUUGAAAAAUGGGGCACACUUACAGAUUGUGUGGUAAUGAGAGACCCCCAAACAAAACGUUCCAGGGGUUUUGGUUUUGUGACUUACUCUUGUGUUGAAGAGGUGGAUGCAGCAAUGUGUGCCCGACCACACAAGGUUGAUGGGCGUGUAGUGGAACCAAAGAGAGCUGUUUCUAGAGAGGAUUCUGUAAAGCCUGGUGCCCAUCUAACAGUGAAGAAAAUUUUUGUCGGUGGUAUUAAAGAAGAUACAGAAGAAUAUAAUUUGAGAGACUACUUUGAAAAGUAUGGCAAAAUUGAAACCAUAGAAGUUAUGGAAGACCGGCAGAGUGGAAAAAAGAGAGGAUUUGCUUUUGUAACUUUCGAUGAUCAUGAUACAGUUGAUAAAAUUGUUGUUCAGAAAUACCACACUAUUAAUGGGCAUAAUUGUGAAGUGAAAAAGGCCCUUUCUAAACAAGAGAUGCAGUCUGCUGGAUCGCAAAGAGGUCGUGGAGGUGGAUCUGGCAACUUCAUGGGUCGUGGAGGAAACUUUGGAGGUGGUGGUAAUUUUGGCCGUGGUGGAAACUUUGGGGGAAGAGGAGGCUAUGGUGGUGGAGGUGGUGGCAGCAGAGGUAGUUAUGGAGGAGGUGAUGGUGGAUAUAAUGGAUUUGGAGGUGAUGGUGGCAACUAUGGUGGUGGUCCUGGUUAUAGUAGUAGAGGAGGCUAUGGUGGUGGUGGACCAGGAUAUGGAAACCAAGGAGGCGGAUAUGGUGGUGGUGGUGGAGGAUACGAUGGUUACAAUGAAGGAGGAAAUUUUGGAGGUAACUAUGGUGGUGGUGGGAACUAUAAUGAUUUUGGAAAUUAUAGUGGACAACAGCAAUCAAAUUAUGGACCCAUGAAAGGGGGCAGUUUUGGUGGAAGAAGCUCGGGCAGUCCCUAUGGUGGUGGUUAUGGAUCUGGUGGUGGAAGUGGUGGAUAUGGUAGCAGAAGGUUCUAAAAAAAUUUCAGAAGAAAAGGGCUACAGUUCUUAGCAGGAGAGAGAGCGAGGAGUUGUCAGGAAAGCUGCAGGUUACUUUGAGACAGUCGUCCCAAAUGCAUUAGAGGAACUGUAAAAAUCUGCCACAGGAGGAACGAUGAUCCAUAGUCAGAAAAGUUACUGCAGCUUAAACAGGAAACCCUUCUUGUUCAGGACUGUCAUAGCCACAGUUUGCAAAAAGUGCAGCUAUUGAUUAAUGCAAUGUAGUGUCAAUUAGAUGUACAUUCCUGAGGUCUUUUAUCUGUUGUAGCUUUGUCUUUUUCUUUUUCUUUUCAUUACAUCAGGUAUAUUGCCCUGUAAAUUGUGGUAGUGGUACCAGGAAUAAAAAAUUAAGGAAUUUUUAACUUUUCAAUAUUUGUGUAGUUCAGUUUUUCUACAUUUUAGUACAGAAACUUUAACAAAAUGCAGUUUUGAAGGUGUUUCCUUGUGAGUUAACAAGUAAAGAAGAUCAUUGUUAAUUACUAUUUUGUAUGAAUUUUGCUAAAGUUAACUGUAAAGAAACACCUGCUGACUUGCAGUUUAAGGGGAAUCUAUUCUCUGCAUUUCCAAACCAUGAAAUGAAUGGGCUCUGACAUGUGGAGAGAAUAGAUAUUUGUAUGUUUGCAAUGUGUGUUUUAGAUAAAUAGAAUUGGGUAUUUAAAUUAGCAUAUUUGUGAAUUUAAUAGCAUUAAGAUUUACCUUCAAAUGAAAAAAAAAACUCAAAAUUCCUAUUUGGUUUUUGUGCAUUUUCUUUCAAAAUGUAAUCAUAUGAUUUUAGUGUGUUAGUUUUGCUGAGAGUCCUAGCUGUGUUUAGAACAUCUCCAUUCUACAUUCACCUUGGUCACAUGUGAACUGCCAUAGUUUUAUUUGGGUGUAAUGAAUGUCUACUGCCCUCUGUUUAAAUUUAAAUUCUGGAAAGGGGUAGUGGAUGUUUUCCCUUUCCCUUAAAAACCAUUCUUAAAAACUUCAAAAUACAGGACCACUAAGCCUGCUGUGUCUGAGCAAAUUAGUGGCUACCCUCUUUUUUCCUUUUUAAAGCACAAGAGGCCCAUAUGUCUUCAGUUAUUUUCCUUGGUUUAAUAUAUAUAUUUUUUUGAUAACAAGCUUUCAGAAGCAAGAGAAUAAAAAUCAUGCAUUGUUGAACCCUUAA